AUGAAUUCGCAUUCUUCAGCAGAUACAACAGGCUCCGGGUUCCAUUCUAAAUUCCACAUAUGCAUUAUAGGGGCUGGAAUCGUAGGCCUUGCUGGUGGAAUCCUUCUGCGUCGCUACGGUUUCAAAGUGACAAUACUUGAGAAGGAUGCCUACGGGGCCGGUAUUCAGUUGCAUCCAAAUGCCGUUCGCGUACUGCAAGAUCUUGGCAUCUACGACAAAAUCAUGACCAAGAGUGUUUUGCCCCAAUCGAUGAUAUUACAAGAUUACAAGACAGGCAAAGCGCUGCACACUUUAGAUCUGCAAGGAUUGUCAAAGAAGUACGGCGCUCCGUUGAUUUCAAUCCAUCGCCCGCAUUUCCGGGAGAUCCUCUAUGACGAAGCUAUCGCGCAAGGUGUCGUGGUACGGUUCGGCGUCACUGUCUCGGUUGAGAACAUUGAUAUAACGAACGGUAUCCUGAAGUUCGGUGACGUUCCUACCGAGAACUUCGAGUCCGACCUAUUCAUCGGCGCAGAUGGCGGUACCUCUGCUGUUCGCGAGGCCUUGACCGGACGCAAGCCUGAAUUCAAGCCCCUCGGGAGAAUCGUGAAUAGGAUUCUUGUGGACCAGAAACUCAUGUUGGAGCGACCUAACCUACGGGAUAUCGUCGAACAGCCCAGGAUACUUUCCUGGCUCGGUCCCGAGUGUCAUGGCGUCACCUAUGGGCUUGGUGGCUUGCAGAAUAUCGCCAUUACGUGGCCGUGGUCGUGCGACCCUAAAGACAGUUUCGUUGGUUCGCAGGUUGUCGACUUUGAGGAGUUCAAAGCACAGUUCAAGAACUGGGAUCCGAAAUUGAGGGAGCUAAUCAGCCUAGGAACCGGCUGUAAGCGUUGGAUGUUUUUCGAGCCAAUGAUGGUUAACGAAGAGACACAAUGGAUUGGUGGCGACGGCAAGUUCUGCAUCGUCGGAGAUGCGGCAAAUCAAGUUCCGCCAUUCUUAGCGCAGGGUGCAGCUUUAGGUCUUGAGUCUGCCUCAGUACUUGCGCACCUACUAGGCAAAUCACAGUCUCUGACUGAGAUAAACGACGCCCUCGAGAUCUUUCAUCGACUGCGUAAAGAAAGAGUGGGUCACGUACUACGUGCAAGUAUGAAGAACGGCCGUGUUUGGCAGAUGGCUGACGGGCCUCUUAAAGAUGAGCGCGAUAAGGAGUUGGUGACCGAGAACGACAACCCUACUGCCGGCUACCCUAAUUUACUUGCAGACCCGUUCUUCCAGCCAUGGCUAUGGGGGUUUGAUGCUAAGGAAGCGGCUGAUGAAGCUUGGUCAGAAAAGCAGCCAGACAUACAAUCAUCACGCGGUUGA